CCCGUUCCGCCGAGCAAUUGAGUACCGCGAUGUCCAUCGCCAAGCAUCCCGACUUCUUGGCCCACGGUACUGUACCUGCAGCUUUAGCCUACAAAGGGCAUUCUUCUGUCAGCUGUCAGUAUUAAACACGAAAAAUCGUCGAAUAGACUCCAUCCUGUUGAUCCAGACAACAACACUUCCACCAGGCCAUCAAUAUGAAGUUCUUGAUAGUUUUCCUUGCCACGGCAGCCAUUGUUCUUUCCCAGGACACUGUUUCGGCUACUGGUGCUGCUUGUGAGCCUCAUGGCGACCAUUGGCAUUGUCCUUCAGGUGUGCCCGAGCCCACAAUACCCCCAGCAGCAGAGCCCCCAGAGACAGGUGCUUCAGCAACUGCUCCAGCUACUGUUUCUACUGCAAACUCAGCGAACGCUGCAACAACCGAAGCUUCAACAUGUGAACCCCACGGAGAUCAUUGGCACUGCCCAUCCGGCGUAUCAGAGCCAAUAACGCCUCCCCCCGCCACAGCGACAGGCGAGGACCAUGAUCACGACGAGGAUGACCACGACCACGAGGCUACAGCAUCUACGUGUGAACCCCACGGCGAUCACUGGCACUGCCCAUCUGGUGUGGCCGAGCCGACUUUCCUCCCUGCCGAGACAACCAGCGCAGCCUCGACAACAGGCACCGCUUCUGGUGCUAACUUGGCUGAGAGCGCUGCCGCUACCUCGAGCCAAUUUGGUGGCGCUGGAGUAGCUGGCAGACCAGGGGACAUAGUUCAAAUGGCAGCUGCUGGAAUCUUGGGCUUGCUUGUCUUGUAGCUCGUCGGACCG